AUGUUACUCGAGCCUCCAUUUGAAGGUGCGUGCCUUUAUCCAAAAAAACCUGAACCACCAAGACGUCGUUGGUAUAACAGGAAGAUAUUCUUCAUUCCUGUCAGCUUAUUGGCAACAAUAUUAAUUACAGCAGUUGUUCUCAGUGCUGUUUUGGGAUCAAGAUCUACUCACAAAGCGUCAGUUCUUACAGCGAAUAUGUGUGAUGGUUUCGUACGUUAUGAGAAUUUGGAUAUAGAAGGAAAUGAUAUAUCUCAUGUAGAUGGAGUUCUGGAUUAUGCUACCUGUUGCUCAAUAUGUCAAGCAAUUUAUGGAUGUUUUGCUUUUACAUAUUCACCAUCAAGCCAGCAAUGUUCGCCGAAAAUAAGUAUAAGCAGUGGUAAAAACUCAACUGGCGAUGCUAUCACUGGAUAUAAUCCGAAUAUGUGUGGUGGUUUUGUACGUAAAGACAAUUGGGACAUACCUGGAAAUGACCUAUUACCUUCUCCUGUACAACAACCUGAUUAUGCGAGCUGUUGCUCACAAUGUCAAGCAACUUAUGGAUGUAUUGCUUUUACAUAUUCGCCAUCAAGUCAAAAAUGUUCGCUGAAAACAAGUAUGGGUAAUGUAAUUCUCAAUAUUCCAGCGGAUGCCCAAUGGAAGCAGAAUGGGACUACCGUUGCUGGAGGUAAUGAACGAGGCAAUGCCACCAAUCAGUUCGACAGGCCUUACGGUCUCUUCAUUGAUAAUGAUCAAACGAUGGUCAUUGGUGACUGCUCGAAUGGUCGUGUCAUGCAAUGGAAGAUGGGUGAUACGGAUGGAAAAGUGGUAGCUGGUGGCAAUGGCAAAGAAAAUCGAUUGGAUCAAUUGAAUUGCCCAAUCGAUGUGUUGAUCGACAAAGAGACGGAUAGUCUGAUUAUUUGUGACCGAGACAACAAUCGACGAGUCGUACGAUGGUCUCGUCGUAAUGAUACAGCUCAAGGAGAAAUUCUUAUCGACAACAUCGAUUGUUAUGGAUUAGUCAUGGAUGAUCAGAAAUAUCUCUACGUCUCUCAAACUGAAGAAAAAGAUGAAGUAAGACGAUAUCAAAUAGGAGACAAGAAUGGAACUCUAGUGGCUGGUGGUAAUGGACAAGGUGUUAGUCUCAAUCAACUCAACUUUCCGAGCUACAUCUUUGUCGAUCAAGAACAGACUGUUUACGUGUCAGACACCGACAAUCAUCGUGUGAUAAAAUGGAAUAAAGGUGCCACAGAAGGAAUUGUCGUUGCUGGAGGUGAAGGCCAAGGGAAUGCUCUGACACGAUUGUCACAUCCUCACGGACUGUUCGUCGAUACAUUGGGUACCAUCUAUGUGGCAGAUUCAUCGAAUAAUCGAGUGAUGCGUUGGUCUAAAGGAGCGAAACAGGGCACUGUCAUUGUAGGUGGAAAUGGUUUAGGAGCAAGAGAAAAUCAGUUCAACUAUCCCGUAGGUUUAUUCUUCGAUCGUUAUGGCAAUCUCUAUGUCGUGGAUUGUUGGAAUCAUCGUGUUCAACGGUUUUCAAUCGAGUAA